AUGAGCAGUUCAUGGAGAGAUGGAUUAGCCUUUUGUGCUCUCAUUCACCGAUUCCGGCCUGAUCUCAUCAAUUUUGAUGCUCUCUCCAAAAACAAUGUCUAUGAAAAUAAUCAGUUGGCAUUCACUGUUGCUGAGAGUCUUGGCAUUGCAGCUCUUUUAGAAGCAAAAGACAUGAAUGACCUCCCAGUACCAGAUAAACUAAGCAUCAUUACUUAUGUUGCAAGUAUGCACAAUUACUUCAAGGACAAAGAAAAACUUGGUGGCCCAGGUGUGUCCUCCUAUAAAGAGGGCAAUAUCCAAAUUGGAACCAAGAGGCACCAAGACAACGAUCCAUUGAAUACAACAGAGCCAAAACGAAGCACACCUGAUCAAAGUGAGGAAAAAAUCAAAAAGAUUGGCUCAUCACCCACACGCCAACGCUCCCCAGCUGAUGAUCUUUGCGCACUUUGCCAGAAGAAAGUGUACUUAAUUGAGAAACAAAUUGAUAAUGGAAAGCUGUACCACAGAUCCUGUUUUCGAGGCAGCCAUAUGUCUCCAACUACUCUGUCCUUGGAAAAAGAGAGAUCAUCACGGAAGGAUUUUUCUGAAGAGAAACAAUCAAGAGAAUCCUCCCCUGGUUCACCAGUGCUUAUGAUGCAAGUAACAAGUCGGACAAUGGAAGACAAACAACACCGAGCUUCAAAAUCAGUCACUAAGUCUUCAACAAGCCUGGAAGCUGAAUCUGGUAAGCAACAAGUGGUUUCUGGACUCUUGAAGAGCUUGGCAAAUAUCCGUCAGCGGCAGGACACUGCCAACACUCCGAGUCCAACAUCUUCACCUCCGCCACCCAAAACACCUUCUGGCCCUCCGCAUUUUUCUAAGCUAUCAACUGCACAGAGCACCAGUUCACCAAUGCCAGUUGUGACUAACAGUUUGCCUUUCAGUCAACCUUUGAACUCUCUGCCCUCAACACCUGGUCAAACAUUACUGAAAAGUACACCAUUGCUAGACAAAACGAAGGAUGUAAAACUUCUGCCACCAACUGAUACACAUGCCAAUCAAAAAGAUAAAUCAAGAAGUGUAGCAAGAAUAAAAACUGUUAUAACAUCUUCACCAACAAAUCCUGCAAUUCCACUGAAGACACAGCCAUUGACAACAGAAUUGGCAUCAACAACUUCAGCCUUGUCUAGAAAUUCAAACGUCACAAAUGAAAGUGCUUCAGUUCCUGAUUCACUAACAAAACCAAAAGCAUCCAAGAAAACUACCGAAGUCUCUCCUCUAUGCUUUGUUUCUUCCACAAAAACAAAUACCACUUCUAAAAAUUCUCCAUCCCACCCUGCCUCCCUCAGUAAGUCAAAUGUGUCAAAGGUGGAUUCUCAAAGUUCUUCAUCCCGUUCUGCCUCUCCUAAGUCAAAAGUCUCCCAGAUUUCUUCUGAAAGUUCCUCUUCCCGUUCUGCCUCUCCCGCUAAGUCAAAAGUCUCCCAGAUUUCUUCUGAAAGUUCUUCAUCUCGUUCUGCCUCUCCCGCUAAGUCAAAAGUCUCCCAGAUUUCUUCUGAAAGUUCUUCAUCUCGUUCUGCCUCUCCCGCUAAGUCAAAAGUCUCCCAGAUUUCUUCUGAAAGUUCUUCAUCUCAUUCUGCCUCUCCCGCUAAGGCAAAAGUCUCCCAGAUUACUUCUGAAAGUUCCUCAUCUCGUUCUGCCUCUCCCGCUAAGUCAAAAGUCUCCAAGAUUACUUCUGAAAGUUCUUCAUCCCGUUCUGCCUCUCCCGCUAAGUCAAAAGUCUCCCAGAUUGCUAAUGAAAGUUCUUCAUCCCAGUCUGUCUCCUCUGCCAGGUCAAACCUUUCUAAAAUAACUGCUCCUCCUCUACAAACUGAUUCAUCAGCAAAGUUGACCACUUUAGUUACAUCAUCAGUAAAUACACAUACUACAGACAAAUUAAGCAUGACUAAAGAUAACAGACCUCAGAGUAUUCUUGAGAGGAUUGAACAGUAUUCUAAAGUUGCUGCUGGUGUAGAGAAGCCACUUUCUGAACAAUCACCAAAAAGAGAGAUUAUUCUUGUCCCCACUUUGGAUAUGAGAGUGAAUCCCAUCCCUAAGCCAAAACGGCAAAAACCUGGCUUGAUUCCAAACACAACUAGAGAGAAUAAAGAAAAUCCAAUUGAGAGUAAUCUAAGUCAUAACAAUUUUACCAACUCCCAUAAAACAAAUGGGGCUCUCAGUGAACGCCAAGACACUGGUGACACUUCCAAGACUGAAUGGCAACUAGAGGCAGAACGUCGGAUGGCAGCUCGCAAGGGAAAGUAUGUUGAUCCUGAGACUCGGAUAACACGAUUUGUGCUUCCAGAUACAACCACACAGUUGGAAAAUGAGAAAAAUGGUGAUGGUAAUCAAAACAGACAUGGUUUGAAGAAAAUUUCUGUCACCUCAAACUUGACAUUUAACUUUGAUGAUAGUUUGAAUUCAAAUACCUCCCUAGAUUUCCCAUACCGCAAACAGGUUCUGCCAAAACAAGAUUUAGAUUCUUUGGAAUGGAGUAACCCCAAAAAGCAGUUAUCCACAGAUGAAAUCCAAAGAGAACUAAUGGACAUAGACAGUAAACUGACAGAUUUGGAGCUGAGAGGCCGACAAUUAGAAGUUUCCAUUAGAGCAGCAUCAAACUCAGAGGCCAGGGAGACAAGUCACUGGUCAGAAUGCAGCAAGUGUUGGCAUUUUGUCUUUGGUCAAAAACGGAAAGCAAAUGAAGAGGAUGAAAAAUUCAUGGUUGAAUGGUUUCAACUCAUCAAUGAAAAGAAUGAACUUAUUCGCAGAGAAAAUGAUUUAAUCUAUCAAUCUCAAGAGCAGGAACUUGAAGAAGAACAGAUACAGAUUGAUAAGGAAUUGCAAGCCCUCAUGCAGAAACCUUAUGAGAAGAAAUCAAAAGCAGAGAAAAGAAAAGAAGAAGAAUUAAUACAAAAGAAAAUAAAUGUGGUAAAUCAACGAAACCUCAUAGUGGACAGUAUUGAUGAGGAUCGACUCAGGUACAAAGAAGAAGAUGAGGGAAUCAAAGAAGUUCUCCAAAGCAAAGGAUAUCUUGGAAUUGAGGCAACCUAUUGA